AUGGAGGCUACCAAUGACUCGCGAUUUCAUGCCAUUGAGGCCAGCAACAAUCCUCCGUCAAGGAAAAUGUCGACAGGGAGCGAUACGAGUCAAAUGUCAAUCCAGUCUUCCAGGUCUUCGUCGUCGCUCCUCUUGACCCAGAGGAAGGCAGUCAAUGACAUGACUCCGGCUGAGCACGCGUUCACCAUCUUGCAUCAAGUCCAAGUGCAACAUGGCAUCGAGUCGUUCGCCAAGGUCCAUGAGUCUCCGAGUGCGAUUGUUGAAAACAAAGAGUAUGCAAAAGUUCGAUUCGAGGACAACAGAUAG